UGUGAGGUCGAACAAUAUACCAAAAAUGGUUACCGAAAAUAAAUGCCAAGGAAAGUUUGGGACGAUCUCCGAACGCCUCAGAAACAAAUGCUACGGGUUCGGCGUGCGGCACUUACAGAGUGUGUGCAUGUGUCUCUGCAUGAUCUCGUUGUUCAUAGCACGCGGCAGCAUGGCCGUCGCCGUGCUCGCCAUGACGGACCACACGCGCAGCAAAAGCACUGGCAUCACGAUAUACGAAUGGGAUAAGAACAUUCAGGGGCUGAUCCUUUCGUCGUUUUUCUGGGGUUAUACGCUGAUGCAGAUCCCGGCGGGGCUGCUGGCCAAGCGCUACGGCGGUAAGCCAGUGUUGCUCGUAGCGCUGCUCGCCAACGGUCUCAUCUGCGCUUUGCUGCCCACGCUUUCCUAUUUGGGCGGGUGGCCGGUGGUGUGCGCGUGUCGCGUGCUGAUGGGGCUGACGCAGGCGUGCCUGUUCCCCGCCUCGCACACACUGCUCGGUCGCUGGCUGCCCGCGCAGGAGCGUACCACGCUCGCCGGUAUCAUCUACGGCGGAUCGCAACUGGGAACAAUUAUAGCGAUGCCGCUGUCAGGUUUGCUAGCGGAGACCGCUAUCGGGUGGAAACUGAUAUUCUACUCUAUAUCGGGGUUGAUGGAGGUGGAGCGACAAUACAUCGAGAGGGGUCUGCACACGUCAGGGGGAAAGGUGCUUCGCACGCCGUGGCGUCAUAUCCUGCGCUCGCGCGGCCUCUGGGCAGUCGCCAUCACGCACAUCGGUUUCACCUGCAGCUACGUACUUUUCUUUGUCGACAUGCCCACUUACUUGGAGAAAGGAUUGCACAUAUCGUUAAAGAAUAGCGCGUCGCUGUCAGCACUGCCGUACGCGGGCAUGUGGCUGGGCAACAUUGUGUCCACUUCGGUCUCGGAGAAGAUAUUUAACCGCGGCCUGCUCUCCGUCGGCACCUGCAGGAAGCUCUUCAAUUCUAUUGCCUGCUUCGGUAUGGCCGUGGGUCUAGCGGUAUUAUCCUUCAUUAGCAAGGAGCAUGAGAAUUUGGCCGUCGCGGUGCUUGUGGCCACUCUUACGCUCUAUGGUUUCUCCGCUGCUGGGUUCAUGAUGAGCCACUUGGAUAUGUCGCCGAAUUUCGCGGGCGUGAUGCUCUCUCUGACCAACUUCAUCGCUAACUUCGGAAGUGUGGGCACUCCUCUGAUCACCAGCUUUAUUUUAAACAACGAUCCCACGGAUCUAAGCCGAUGGCGCAUAUGUUUCUUAAUAAUAUCGUCUCUGCUAAUCCUGACCAACAUUAUGUACAUGAUAUUCGCAUCGGCAAAGUGCCAGUCGUGGGAUGACCCCGACUUUGAAGAUAGGAAGUCUGCUGACCCAGAGGAAGUAGCUCCUGCUUUAACAAGCUCUGCGAUAUUAAAAGCAGAAGAGGCCAAAAAGCACUAAAGACAUUACUCUGCCAAAAGUGUGCAAAAGACUUCGGACCCUCGCGAAGGAACGACGGACCUACUACAAAAUAUAAAUGAAUAGCAAAAACAGAGGAAAAAGGUCAACCAAGUCCACACACUACAGAAUAUUGCUAAAUCCAUAUGACCGUGAACCGCAGGCAAUCAUUUGUUUAUAUCAAAUGAUUCGAAGACAG